AUGGACGCCAUCAAGAAAAAGAUGCAAGCGAUGAAGUUUGAGAAGGAGAAUGCUCAAGAUAGAGCUGAGGCACCUGAGCAGAAACUGAGAGAGGAGCAAGAAAAGAACUCCAAGGCUGAGGAGGAAAUCAACAGCCUACAGAAAAGAAUCCAGCAAUUAGAAAAUGGCUUGGACCAAGCUACUGAAAAUCUACAAAUUGCCACCACAAAAUUUGAAGCUUCAGAGAAAGCCCAGGGAGAGGUUGAGGAGCAGGUGCAGACACUGAAUAGGCCUGUCUUACUAUUAGAAGAAAACCUAGAAAGCACAGAGGAGAGACUCACUGCAGCAUCAUCCAAGUUGGACGAGGCUUCUCGAGCUGCAGAUGAGUCUGAGAGAGGUCGCAAAACCCUGGAAAAACGUACCAUGACUGAUGAUGAACGUAUUGAUGAGCUGGAGAGGCAGCUUCAGGAGGCCAAGUACAUUGCUGAAGAAGCCGAUAGAAAAUAUGAUGAGGUUGCUCGUAAGCUGGCCAUCACAGAGGUUGAUUUGGAGCAUGCAGAGGUUCGCUUGGAAGCUGCUGAGGCUAAGAUCCUUGAGCUGGAGGAGGAGCUUAAGGUGGUGGGCAAAAACAAGAAAUCUCUUAAAAUGGUGAACAGGAGGCUUCAUGGAUAG